AUGCAAGAAAAGAAAAAAGUUUUGGAAGAUCCGAAGCAUAAAAAGGCUGAUACAAAAGCUUCAAAGUCAAAGUUUAUCAUGCCAAAGCCAAUACCAAAAUGGAGACCAAGAGUUGCAUCACAAGCAGGGACCAACAAAGUCUCGACUUUAGGUCUCUCAGCAAAAGAGAAAGAGGCUGUUGCUAUAGAUCUGGAGGGAAAUCACAAGGUGAACAAAAUAAUUGAGCCAGCCAAGAUGAUCAGUACGUCUCAGGAAAAUAAUGGAAAACAUGAAGAAACUUUGGAGCAGGAGAAACAGCUGGCUGUUUUACAACAACGUGCUGUUAGGGAAGAAGAAACCAGCAUCAAUCCGGAUUCGAGAAAAUUAAAUUCUUCAUUGUAUGAAGCUCAAGAUAUUUUCUCAGACUUUGUGAUUAAUGAGACAUUAAUGACAUGCAAAGAGCAAGUGUUGUCUUGGGAUGAUGGACAUGUGGGAAGAAUUUCUACAGAUGAAAAUGAAGAAGAUAUUUGUCACCGAUAG